AUGCAUUCAAUCCUCAAAAAAGAGGAUUUGAUUGAGUAUCGAGGGGGCAAGGAAUUUAGGCCAAAAUACAAAAUCCAAGUAGACCGCCUUUUUUUCAUUCCCGAAGAAGUGCAUAUCUUGCCUGACUCUUCUUCCAUAAUGGUACGGAAUAAUAUCGAGCGGAUGGGUUGGUCCGAGUGGAGAGAGAAAAAAAGAAUUGAACUUCAAAUCUUUUCUGGAGAUAUCCAUUUUCCUCUAGAGAUAGAUAAGAUAUCCCGACAUAGCGGCGCUUUGAUACCACCAGGGGCGGAAAAACCAAAUUCCAAAGAAUCAAAAAAAUGGAAAAAUUGGAUCUAUGUUCAACGAAUCACACCUAGUAAGAGGAAGAAAAAUUCUUUUGCUUUGCUUCGGCCUGUCAUCACAUAUGAAAUAACGGAUGGUAUAACUUUAGCAAGGCUUUUCCCCCCCGAUCUGUUGCACGAAAGGGAUAAUGUGCAACUUCAAAUUGUCAAUUAUAUCCUUUAUGGAAAUGGGAAACCAAUUCCAGGAAUUUCUGAUACAAAUAUUCAAUUAGUUCGGACUUGUUUAGUAUUGAAUUGGGACCAAGACAAAAAAAGUUCUUCUAGUCAAGAAGCUCGUGCUUCCUUUGUUGAAAUAAAGUCAAAUGUAAUACGAUCUGCUAAGCCUUAUUUGGCCACUCCAGGAGCAACUGUUCACGGCCAUUAUGGGGAAAUCCUGUAUAAAGGAGAUACUUUAAUUACAUUUAUUUACGAAAAAUCGAGAUCUGGCGAUAUAACCCAGGGACUUCCAAAAGUCGAACAGGUGGUAGAAGUGCGUUCGAUUGAUUCAAUAUCGAUGAAUCUAGAAAAGAGGGUUGAGGGCUGGAACGAGCGUAUAACAAGAAUUCUUGAAAUGCCGUGGACAUUCCUGAUUGGUGCUGAGCUCACUAUCGUGCAAAGUCGUAUCUCUUUGGUUAAUAAGAUCCAAAAAGUUUAUCGAUCCCAGGGGGUGCGGAUUCAUAAUAGGCAUAUAGAAAUUAUUGUACGUCAAAUAACAUCAAAGGUCUUGGUUUCAGAAGAUGGAAUGUCUAAUGUUUUUUCACCCGGAGAAUUAAUUGGAUUGUUGCGGGCGGAACGAACGGGGCGUGCGUUGGAAGAGGCGGUUUCUUACCGAGCCCUCUUAUUGGGAAUAACAAGAGCAUCUCUCAAUACUCAAAGUUUUAUAUCUGAAGCGAGUUUUCAAGAAACCGCUAGGGUUUUAGCAAAAGCAGCUCUCCGGGGUCGAAUCGAUUGGCUGAAAGGCUUGAAAGAAAACGUGGUUGGGGGGGGUAUGAUACCCGUCGGUACCGGGUUGAAAGGAUUAGUGCUCCCCUCAAAACAACAUAACAAGAGCCCCCUGGAAACAAAAAAAAACAAUAUAUUCGAGGGGGAAAUGCGCGAUAUUUUGCGAAAACAAUUCUUGAUUGUUGGUACACAAAAGAAAGAAGCUGAUUCAGUAGCAUGGGCUGCAAAAAAGGCUCGGUGUCAUUUUUGUAUCACUUUGGGAAUCCCAACAAUUUGUUUAAUCGAUACAAAUUGUGACCCCGACCUUGCAGAUUUUUCGAUUCCGGCGAAUGAUGAUAGUAGAUCUUCAAUCCGCUUAAUUCUUAAUAAAUUAGUAUUCGCAAUUUGUGAGGGCCGGCUUGCUUCUAUUGGGCCUGGGAUUGGUCAAGGGACUGCCGCAGGCCAGGCUGUAGAGGAUCGCGAGACAGCCCGAGGCAGAGGGAAAAAUGCGAGUCUAGCUUUUAUGGAAGCUUUAACGAUUUAUGGAUUGGUUGUAGCAUUAGCACUUUUAUUUGCGAAUCCUUUUGUUUAA